AUGGCCGGCGUCUCGGUGGCGGCGGAGUGGCAGCUCCUCUACAACCGAUACUACCGGAAGCCGGAGCUCUACCAGAUGCAGUGGAAGCAAGUUGACCUCACGCGCAACAAAAUCGCCUGUGCACCGUUCGGCGGCCCCAUCGCCGUUAUCCGAGACGAUGCCAAGAUCGUCCAGCUCUACGCUGAGUCCGCCCUCCGGAAGCUCCGCAUCUUCACCUCUUCCGGUCGCCUCGUCUCGGAGACCGUCUGGAAGAACCCCGGCGGCCGUCUUAUCGGUCUAUCCUGGACGGACGACCUAACCCUAGUCUGCAUCACACAAGAUGGGACCGUCUAUUCGUACAACGUCCACGCCGAGUUGGUUGGCACCUUCUCCCUGGGCAGAGAGUGUUUUGAGAACAGCGUCGUUGAGUGCGUAUUUUGGGGGAACGGCGUGGUUUGUAUUAACGAGGCUUUCGAGAUUUUUGCGGUGCCGGAUUUUAAGAUCCCAAAGACGGUUAAAUUGGCGGAUUGCAAUCUGGAGGAGCUUCCCCAUUGUAUGGCAGUGAUCGAGCCCCAAUACACCAAGUCGGGUGAUGUGGAGGUGCUGCUAGGGGUUGGGGACCACGUGUUACUGGUCGAAGAAGAUGGAGUGCAGCCUUUGGCGGCAGGGAUUGGGCCGUUACAGAGGAUGGUGGUCUCGAGGAAAGGGGAGUUUGUAGCCUCAUUCACGCACGACGGGAGGCUUCUGGUCAUGUCUACAGAUUUCGCUGAUGUUAUCAUUGAGUAUGCCUGUGAGUCUGCUCUUCCUCCUGAUCAACUAGCUUGGUGCGGGCUGGACAGUGUCUUACUUUAUUGGGAUGACAUGCUACUCAUGGUGGGCCCUUAUGGUGAUCCUGUACGCUAUAUAUAUGACGAACCAAUUAUCCUUAUCCCAGAAUGUGAUGGGGUGCGGGUACUUUCCAACACAAGCAUGGAGUUCUUACAUCGAGUUCCAGACUCUACUGUAUCUAUAUUUCAGAUUGGUAGUACUUUACCGUCUGCUUUACUAUAUGAUGCCCUGGAGCAUUUUGACAGGCGAAGUGCUAAGGCUGAUGAAAAUUUGAGAUUGAUUCGCCCUUCACUGCCUGAAGCUGUUGAGGCUUGCAUUGACGCUGCUGGUUAUGAAUUUGACAUUUCACAGCAGCGGACACUUCUGAGAGCUGCAAGCUAUGGACACACCUUUUCUAGCCAUUUUCACCGUGACAGCCUACAGGAAAUGUGUAAAACACUGCGUGUCCUGAAUGCUGUACGCCAUGCCGAGAUUGGUAUUCCUCUGAGCAUUCAGCAGUAUAAGUUGCUUACACCCUCUGUUCUGAUAAAUCGUUUGAUUAAUGCACACAAUCACCUCCUGGCCUUGCGGAUAUCGGAAUACCUUUCUAUGAGCCAAGAAACUGUAUUAAUGCACUGGACUUGUACGAAGAUUUCAGCGUCCGCGGCGGUUCCUGAUGCUAGUCUUCUUGAAAUCUUACUAGACAAGCUGAAGAUAUGCAAAGGAAUAUCCUAUGCAGCUGUUGCUGCUCAUGCUGAUAAAAGUGGCCGUAGAAAGUUAGCUGCUAUGCUAGUUGAACAUGAACCGCAUUCCUCUAAACAGAUUCCUCUCUUGCUAAGCAUUGGAGAAGAAGAUACUGCUCUCAUCAAGGCUACUGAAAGUGGUGAUACCGAUCUCGUUUAUCUCGUUAUGUUUCAUAUGUGGCACAAGAGAGUGCCGCUGGAGUUCUUUGCAACUAUACAGGCCAAGCCUCUUGCACGUGAUUUGUUCAUUACUUAUGCACGGUGUUAUAAGCACGAGUUCUUGAAGGAUUUCUUUUUGUCCACCGGGCAAAUUCAGGAUGUAGCUUUUCUCUUGUGGAAAGAGUCAUGGGAACUGGCAAAGAAUCCAAUGGCAAGCAAAGGAUCCCCUCUUCAUGGCCCACGCAUUAAACUAAUUGAAAAGGCCCGUAAUCUUUUUGCAGAAACGAAGGAACACAUAUUUGAGUCUAAGGCAGCUGAGGAACAUGCAAAAUUGUUAAGAAUUCAACAUGAACUAGAGGUGACUACAAAGCAGGCUAUUUUUGUGGAUUCAAGUAUCAGCGACACAAUACGCACAUGUAUUGUCCUUGGAAAUCAUCGAGCAGCUAAUAAAGUGAAAACUGAAUUUAAGGUUUCGGAAAAACGAUGGUAUUGGCUUAAAGUUUUUGCACUCGCAACAAUCAGAGACUGGGACGCACUCGAAAAAUUUUCCAAAGAGAAGAGACCACCAAUUGGUUACCGUCCAUUUGUAGAGGCUUGUGUUGAUGCUGGUGAGAAAGAUGAAGCAUUAAAAUACAUUCCAAAACUUGCUGAUCCUCGAGAGAGAGCCGAGGCCUUUGCUAAAAUUGGAAUGGCCAAGGAAGCUGCAGAUGCUGCUUCUCAAGCUAAGGAUGGUGAGCUACUGGGGCGCUUGAAGCUAACCUUCGCACAAAAUGCUGCAGCUUCGUCAAUUUUUGAUACUCUGCGAGAUCGUUUGUCCUUCCAAGGUGUGUCUUAG